AUGUCGUCCCAGAUUGAAGCUGAUCCAAACGUCGGCUAUGAGAGCGACGUGACGGCAGACAGCGAUAUCGAUUCGACCGCGUCUAUUACUUCCAGCAUCUUUGAGAAUCAGUACUUUCAGGGUAGAACUUAUGCUAACCCUAAAUAUGGCAAGCAUUGGGCACCCAACGAUGAGGAGCAGCUCGAAGCCCUCGACAUUAUACACCAUUGGUUAACUUUGAUGUUGGACAACAAGCUGUACCUCGCGCCUAUCGGAGACAACCCCCAGAAUAUCCUCGAUGUUGGAACCGGAACCGGAAUUUGGGCCAUCAACAUGGCCGACGAAUUUCCCUCAGCCAAAGUCAUCGCCACCGACAUCACCCCAACACAACCAUCUUUCGUGCCACCCAACCUGGAAUUCCAGAUCGACGACGCCCAACUGGAAUGGACCUUUGAACCAGAAACCUUUGACUUUAUCCACAUCCGUUAUCUGCAGGGAUCGAUCGAGGACUGGGACAAGCUCUACGGCCAGGUAUACAAGGCUCUCAAGCCCGGAGGCUGGUUUCAACACAUUGAGCCUGAUCUCCAGAUGCUGUCUCAGAACCCGGAUGUCAUUGUUGAUGAUAAGCACAUCUUCAGCCGAUGGGCUCAAGUCUUUAACGAAGUCGGCCAAAAGAUGGGCCGAACAUUCGACUUUACCGAUCGCAAGCAGGAGAAGAUGGCCCAGGCCGCAGGCUUCUCCCGCAUCACUUACCAGGCUCACAAGAUCCCGGUCGGCAGGUGGCCCAAGGAUAAGAAGAAGAAGGAGCUUGGAAGCUUCGUCGGCCUUUCCUUCAGCCAGGCACUUGACGGCUUCGUAAAGAUGCCCCUGUGUGAGAUCCUCGGCUGGAGCCCUGAGGAGAUGCAGCUCUUUGGCGUCGAGAUGCGUAAAGUUCUGAUGGAUCCAAAGACACAGGCGACUGGCUGCGUUUUUAGCAUGUAUGGCCAGAAGCCAGAGAAGCCAGUUGAAGAGGCUUUGGCUAAGAACUAA